AUGGACGACCUCUUCCGUAACCCGUUUGGAGACGACAGCAGCGCGAAUGGGAAUGCUCAAAGGGAUACAGGCGGAGGCAAUGGCCCAACACUUAUCCGUACCGUUUACAAGACUAUGGCGCCAACUUUCGAAGGACCCAUUGCCGGAUACUCGACGCUUCAUGAUGAUCCCAAUCCAGAGCCAACUCAGGACUCGAGCCCUACCAGCAAACCAGACCCCAAGCCCACUCCAUCAACGACAUCCACGACGAAGUCGAAGCCCAAGGAGACACUCUCAAUGCCUACCGCCAUUUUCAAGCCUGACUCGAGUAGUUCGGCUCCCGAGACGUUGCUCAUCAAGGCUACUGGGAGUCCUGCCCUGUCACCGUCGAUUGACUAUGGCGCUCAGCCCACGUCAACACCAACAUUGAACUUUGUCUCCAGCACACCCACGUCCGAUGCAACGCCUGCUAAAAGCGGCGAUGAAGGUACUAGCGCGGGAGCAAAAGCAGGCAUUGCCUUUGGUGUUUUGGGUGGCGUGUUUCUUGUUGGCCUAGUCGCGUUCCUGUUGUUCAGCCGUCGCCGUCGACAAGCUGGUGAGCGCCGCGGUGCCUACAAUGAAAAGUCCUACGCCAAUGCGAAUGCCAAUGCAUUCGACGCCAUGACUGUUCGAAGUGAUCCUCAUGCUCCUCGCAUUAGUCUGCGACCGGUCACCCAGUUCCUGCCUAAUUGGGGCCUGGACAAACGCACAAGCAAGAGUGCUGGCAUGGCAUUAAACUCUGCCGCGGCUGUUGGAGCGAACAGUAAGAUCAAUGCUAUGCGGGAGCGCCCAUCUACUAGCCAGAGCACUCACCCUGCCAACCCCUUUGGCAACCAAGCAGAGCGUGUUUCGGAAUCAAAUAGCUAUGAACAAGGUGCUGUACCUCGCAGUGGUCCUUUUACUGCUAAUGGCCCUGCAAUUGCCGCCGGAGCUGCGGCUGGUGCAGGAGUGGUUGGUCUGACAAGAAAAGCUUCUAUGCGCAACAAUACAGAGAGGAAUAUUGACCUCACUCUUCCUCCCACCCUUGGAUCAAUACCACCCAGCCCUGCUGGAACCGAGUUCAGCAUGACUUCUGCUUCUUCUGGCGCGGCAAUGCCUCCGUCUAACGGUGCGGCAGCAAUUGCGGCAGCUGGAGGGCCUCCUAACUCCAAUGUGCACAGGGUUCAGCUCGACUUCAAACCUUCAUUGGACGACGAGAUGGAAUUGAAGGCUGGUGAUCUCGUUCGCCUCCUACAUGAGUACGAUGAUGGGUGGGCUCUUGUUAUCCGCUUGGAUCGGUCUCAGCAAGGCGUCGUUCCCCGAACGUGUCUGUCAACCCGCCCUGUGAAGCCCCGAGUUCCUCAAGGUGCACAACGACUUGGACCUCCAGUCAACCCAAAUGGACAGUAUCCCAGAAGUCCUAACCAACCUCAAGGACCCGGGCAACGGCCCAUGACUCCCCAGGGCCGACCCGUGACCCCCCAAGGCAGACCAAUGACUCCCCAGGGCACGGCGCCUCAGGCUCGUCCUCGAAUGGGGCCGGGAGGCCCUGGUACCUCGAGUCCUCGACCCAUGAGCCCUGCAGGACCUCCCCCAAGCCCUGCACCUCGCUUCAAUGGACCACCACCGCUGCCAGUGCAUCCCGGAAGCCAACCUGCAAGUCCAGUUGGGAUGAACCGACCGACAGGGCCCGUUGGACCUGGACGUGUGAAUCCGGCUCAGUCACCGCCUCCAGGUCCUCCUACUGGGCCCCCAACUGGGCCAAUUGGCAGAAAGCCGGUGCCAGGUCAAGCUUACUGA